AUGCCCCUCCCCUUCAAUAGGGAUGUGGGCAGAGGCACGAAACCCCUGGGUUGCCUCUCGCGCCCCUCUCGUGCCCCUCUCGCCUGCUCCAUCCUCAGCUCCCCACCACCUUCCACCUCUAACCGCCUGUGCCCUCGCUCUGCACACCUCCCCUUGAAGAGGGACAAAUAUGGGGAGCUUGUGGCAACUCGGGUGACGAAUGACGAGGGACGAGGGACAGCAGACGGUGAUGGGGGCACGACGAGGACAGCAGGGGGGCACGACCAGGGGCACCCUUCAUCCUUGCCCCUCGUCCGCUCCCCUGUCCUCUGCCUUGCCCCUCGUCCCCUCACCACCCUCACCACCCUCUGCCCUUGCCCUCGCCCUCUGCCCCCGCCCUCGCCCUCUGCCCCCUCCAUCGGCCUUUCACCCUCUACCUCGCCUCUCACCCUCUCCACCACCUCUCGCCCUCUCCCCCACCUUCUCGCCCCUCAUCCACCCCUUGUUUGCCCCUCCCUUGCCCCUCGUUUGCCCCUUGUCCACCCUCUGCCUCCCCCUCCCCCUCGUCCUCUGCACUGCCCUCUCGCCGAUCUCGCUGUCUCACCCGCCUUGUCUCUCACCCCUCUCCGUUCGCCCCUCCUCGCACUUCACCCCUCGCCCUUUGCCCCUCACCCUGGCCAGCACCCACCCGCCAGGCAAGAGCAAGAGGGUGGAACACAGGGAACGGAAGGGAGGACGAGCAAGACGGCGCUGAAGCGAAUGCAAGGCCAACUGGAGGUGCCAAAGGCCAACAGGAACGCAGCAGCAACAUGA